UUAACGAAAAAAGGGGGAAAAUAUUUACAUUUCUCUUUGCAAAAGAAAAGCACUUUUUAAUUUUUUCAACUUAAAGUGGAGUUGUUAACGCCUAUGAUGGCCAUAAACUAUACUAAAGACGAUCAACAAAUUUUUCUCAUUAAUAAAGUCUUAGAGUUAUUAAAAGUUUUCAAGAAAACUGGUUUUUUCCAACAAGAGUAUACUCCACCUUACAUUAUAAGAUUUUCUGACCGUGAACUAGACGGCGUAUUAUUAUUCUGUAACUAAAAGGCUAAAUAGAAAAUUCUAGUGUCAACAAAAUUAUGUCUAGUGGCGAUUUUGAAACGCCUGGAGGAGAUGAUGAAUCUGCGGAAUCUUCUUCUUCCUUGGCUUUAAAUAAUAUGCCGCAAGAAUUUCGUACGGCUUUGGACGAAUUUCGAGCCGAUUGGCAAAAAGAGAUUAAACAAAAAAUUGAGCCAAAUGAAAAGGAGCUUAACAACAGAGAUCUUCAGAGAGAUGCUCAUUCGGACAGCAAUGAAAUUGAUAAGGAAAACUUAGCUCAAAAUCUAUACCGCAAAGCGGUAGAUUUGGAGCAAAAAGGUAAAGUUUACGAUGCAAUACCAUACUACCGCAGAGCAGUCCAAAUCGAACCCAACAUUGAGUUUAAAUAUUAUGAAUAUCAAAAACUUAAAGUUCAGCAAAGAGCGUUGCCAGAACAACACACGAACUCUUCGGAAAAUCUUCAAUUGGUAAAAUUUGAAGAUGAGCUGGAAAUGUGUAAAGAUUUGUAUGAGAAGUUUCAAAAGGAUUUGUCGCAUAGUUAUCAUGGUAAACUUAUGCAAAGCACUCUUGAUGCCGGGACAAUUAGUACGGAAAUGCACAUUUCUGACUUGCCGCCGGAGCUCUUACUUUAUAUAUUACGCUGGGUAAUAUCCGCGCAAUUGGAUAUGCGUUCCCUAGAGCAGUGCUCUGCAGUAUGUAAAGGUUUAUAUUUAUGCGCUCGCGAUGAAGAGCUUUGGCGCCUAGCUUGCGUAAAAGUGUGGGGUCCAAAUGUGGGCACUUUAAGCCAUACUGAUUUGGAUAAAACAAGCGCUACAACAAAAGUCGGAGAUUGCCCUAUUAUACCACGCUAUACAACAUGGCGUCAAAUGUUUAUUGAACGUGAACGUGUUCUCUUCAAUGGCUGUUAUAUAAGCAAGACAACUUAUCUGCGAAUGGGUGAAAAUAGUUUUCAAGACCAAUAUUAUCGUCCUGUACAGUUGGUGGAAUAUUAUCGUUAUUUAAGAUUUCUAACCGAUGGCACGGUCUUUAUGAUGACUAGCGCAGAUGAACCCGCCCAGGCAGUUAGUCGAUUAAGAAAUAUAAAUCAAAACAAAACCGAAAUACUGAAAGGUCGAUAUCGUUUGUAUGGAAAUACCUUAUCGAUUGUAUUGAAGAAGCAACAACAACCCCAAUUGCAAACAAAAUUCAUAUCUGCAUCAACUAAUUUACCGUCAACUGCUACGUUGAUUUACGGACGUCAACGCCGCAACAAUGUAAAUCUAGCUGACGACAAUGCCGGGAAUAGCACUAAAUAUUGUUUAGAAUUUCGUAUACUGAAUACGACAAAACGCAAGUUCGGGCAAUUAAUGUGGGUACAUUAUUCUAUCGUACAGACUCGUAAUAAACAUGAAACCACAUCCGAAUUCGAUCUCAGUCCGUCGAAAUAUCCACCUCUGUGGUUUUCUAUUGUACGCAGUUAUCAUUCGGAUGCUGAUAAACCACUUAUUUGAAUAAAAUUAUCUCUAUAAACUAAGCUCUAAAAACCUUACAUUUAAUACAAGUCGAUUUUAUUUCAAAAUUCAAAUUUCCAAUAAAAUGCUUGAGUGCCCCCGGGUAGACAAAGAGAGUUUCGACUAAGAACUCAAUAGGUGUCUGUAGAGUUUUCAAUAAAGCCGAUAGCGUUAGAUGCAAUGCUUCAAGACUUUAGUCUUAGAAUUUACUACUCUCUGGUUAAUUAAUAAAAAUAAUAAUAAAAAGUCGAAGGGUCGACAUUGUAGAACAUCGUUUCCCAAAAUUCAUGCUAUUACUUCGUUUCGAGAGCAAAAGUUCCCUCUCCCCGCUUUGUCACCUUAGAAUUUUUAAAGCGCCAACGAAUCGGUUUCGUUUUCAAUUGUUUUUUUUCUCUCUUUUAUUUGAUCAGUUCAGUUCAUUGAUUGAAAUAAUAGUAAAAAAAUUUUGGAUUAUUAUAGGAUUUUGUUAGGUGCCAGCGAAAGGUCAUUAUAAAUAUAUACAUAUAUGUAUACACAUAUAUGUCCCAUAAUUGACAUUGCAAUUACGACCUCAAGAUCUUGUCUAUCAUUAUAAAUUCCUGUUGGCUGAAAGGUUUGCUUUAUUGGUGGAAUCGGUGAAUUGCAACUACAUAUAUAUAUAUACAUAUAAAUAUAGUUGAAUUUACAAUUUGUUUAAACAUAUAUCAAAGUAGAUGCUAGUAUGGAAUUUAAUUCGAAUAAGAUGAAAAGAAAAGAAACAGGAUAACGGCUUGCGAGUGAAUCAGUUAAAACAUGCUACGAACUUUUGCACGGUGUUUGCGAAAUAGCACGAAAAAUGUACUUUCGUUUAGUGUCAAAUGUAAAUCAAAUAGAUCUCCUAAGGAGGUUGUAAUAUUAACAUGGGUCCAAUGCAGUCUAUAAUAUGUGCAUAUUAUUGAUCACCACGAGUUUUUGGAGGCUCAAAGACGAGAAAAGACGAAGGAUUGAAAAUACAGUUGACUCUGAUAGUAGAUCUGAUAUUUUGCAGCAAACAACGCACUAUACAGCACUACAUAGCAUCCGUUUUCUCCAUUGUAUUCUUUUGCACUUAAAGAACAAAACUCCAAACCAUCGCUGACAGUCCAAAUUUAUCCUUUUUUUUUGUUGUAUACGUUUCGUUAUGAGAAUGAAGUCGAUUUUUAGACGUUGGUAUCCACAUAUCCGGCAAAAUGAUGAGUUUUUGGAACUACAUAUCAUAAAUGUUUUUAACUUACGUUCCUUUAGU